GGUCUUGAAAGCGGAUUCAGGACGUCUUGCAGCUCGAACGGUUGCCUGCAGGAGGCCGAUGAGAAAGCGACAUGUCAUCUUAGCGUUUCGGUCUUAUCAAAUUUCUCCAUAGAAGGCACAUCAUGCAUGGCAGUGGACCUGAAAGCAAUAUGGAGGAAUGUUUUGGGCAAAUGGAAGAACUACAGAUAUCGCUUUGUACCGUGGAUUGCUACCAACCUCAAGGACAGGAACUUGCGCUUGGCAACAAGUGAUGCCGACAAGAUUGUGUCUGAUGGUCGGCUCGUAUCUUCUCUGGUUGAGGUCAUGUCGAAGUUUGAGAUGUCAGUCGAGAAGAAAGAUUGGCCUGAAAUCCACCUGAAGAAUCUCAAGGUCAUGCACAAAGUGUGUGGCUUCACUAUCAGAAAAGGGGCAUCCAAGUUGCCUCACGGAGGAACGGGUGUGGGCGUGGCCGAUGGGGAAAUACCUGAGGGAACCUUGGUGGCCUUGUAUCCUGGAACACGUUACAUGCCAUGGAAUCCCAUCCUUCUUCAGAGCCUGGGAAAUCCCUUCAUCUUCAGAUCGUGCAGCAGACGAGAUCGCAUCUUGCCUUUCCCGUCGGCCGAGGAGUCCUGGCUGACUCCGCACCCCGUGAAUCCGUUGAGUGUUGGGCAGUUUGUCAACAAUGCCACUAGAGGUGAUCUCUUUUCGUCCGAGUGGCCAGCAAAUGUGGCAUAUCAGGAAUGCGAUGUCCCCAUGGAUUUCCCCACGAAGCUGAGAAGCCUCCUGCCGUACGCUCAGUACGCCAUGGAGGAACGGGCGAGCGGCCGCAUCGUCUGCCUCGUUUCGACCCGUCGCAUCCGAGAGGGAGAGGAACUCCUCUCCUCGUAUUUUACGCUCAUACGAGAUGCCGCGUGAGACUUUGUCGGCCUUCGAUCGUGCUCGUUGUUUUUCGUGAUUUAAUUUAUUUUUGUGAUCUUUUUGAGAGUAGACAUAUUUGAAUUUCCUGAGUGAUGAACCCCAUAUGUGACCAAUUUGUGAUGUCUCGAGAAGGUCGUGCCAUUCUCAUGUUUCUGGAGGGAAAUAGCUCUGCUUCUGUUUCAUUUCUGAUCUGUG